AUGAAACCGUCCUCGCUCCUUUCACUUUCCGCCGUCCGAGCCUAUCCAGCUUCGCACUUCACUCGCCCAGCUCUCCGGUCCAUUCCCGCCAAGACCGCCACCGUUUCUUCCCUCAGGAGCAGCAACGCGCUUCAACGUCCCCUCGUCUCGAGCGAUCCCACAAAGUCGCUUCAAUCAGCAGCUUGCUCAACUUUCUUCAUCCGAACUCACGCAACUUGUUCGCUAGCCGAGCCCGCUUUCGCCCCGGUCUCUUCCGCCAUGACCGACGCUUCCGACGCAUCCAAAUGGUUCCGCCUGCCUCGCAGUGUGGUCCCCACCCACUACGAUAUCACCCUCAAGUCUGAUCUUGAAGCCCUUCAGUUCUCGGGAACUGCUACCAUCGACCUUGAUGUUCUCGAGGACACGGACUCGAUCGUCUUUAACGCUGCUGCCAAGCUUCACCUCAGCAAGUCGCUCGUGCUCAGCCAGGCGCUCAAGACCGACAACAAGAGCAUCGUCGCCCUUGAUGUGGACACUAAGCACGAACGCGCUACCGCCAAGCUUCCCAACGCUCUGCCCAAGGGCUCCAAGGCACAGCUUGUCGUCGCUUUCGCCAGCGACAUUGACAGCAGCAUGAUGGGCUACUACCGUUCCACCUGGGAGCACGAGGGCAAGAAGGGCUACUACGCUCUCACCCAGUUCGAGCCUACUGCUGCUCGACGUGCUAUCCCCACGUGGGACGAGCCCAACCUCAAAGCCACCUACACCUUCCGAAUGAUCCACCGAAAGGACACCACCGCGCUCGCCAACAUGAACGUCGUCAGCUCCAAGGACAUCUCGCAGGUUGAGCAGGACAAGCUUCUCCGCGCUUCCGAGCUCGGUCUGGACCAGGCUUCGCUCAGCGCCGGAAAGACCGAGGGCAAGACGGAAGGCAAGACCGAAGUCUCCAGCACCGCUUCCAACGACUGGACGCUCACCGAAUUUGCCACCACUCCCAAGGUCUCGACCUACCUGGUGGCAUGGGCCAACGGUCCCUUUGUUCACCUCGAGAGCAGCUACACCAGUCCUCUCACCGGCAAGGUCAUUCCCAUGAAGGUCUACACCACCCCCGAAUACAUUCACCAGGCUCAGUACGCUCUCGACGUCAAAAUAAAGGUCUUGCCCGAGUACGAGCGCGUUUUCGAUGUUGCCUAUCCCUUGCCCAAGCUCGACACGCUCGUUGCUUCCGAUUUCGAUGCCGGCGCCAUGGAGAACUGGGGUCUGAUCACGGGUCGUACCUCGGUCUACCUUUACGACCCCGAGAAGUCCGGCCUCCAGGGCCAGAAGCGAACCGCCGGUGUUCAGUCGCACGAGGUCGCUCAUCAGUGGUUCGGUAACAUUGCCACGCUCGACUGGUGGGACAACCUCUGGCUCAACGAGGCUUUCGCCACGCUUAUGGGCGAGGUCGUUAUUCUGGACCGAUGCUUCCCCGAGUGGGAGUCCGCUUCCGAGUUCAUCAAUGUCCACCUGGACCGAGCUCUCGACCUCGACGGCAAGCGAUCCAGUCACCCCAUCGAGGUGCCUCUGCAGGGUGAGAAUGUCGAGGACGCCAUCAACCAGGUGUUCGACGCCAUCUCGUACUCCAAGGGCGCCAGUGUGCUCCGCAUGCUUUCCAACAUGAUUGGCGAAGAUGUGUUCCUCAAGGGUGUGUCGAUCUACCUCAAGAAGCACCUCUACUCGAACGCUGUCACCAAGGAUCUCUGGAACGGCAUCAGCGAGUCGUCGGGUCGCGACAUUGCUUCCAUCAUGGCCAACUGGAUCUUGAAGCAGGGUUUCCCUGUCCUCACUGUCACCGAGGAGGCGGACGGUCUGCGCAUCAAGCAGAACCGUUUCCUCUCGACGGGUGACCCGACCCCUCAGGAGGACGAGACGCUCUGGUACGUGCCUCUCAUGCUCAAGACGGUCGGUGCCGACGGCAAGGUGUCGGUCGAUCGCGAGGCAUUCCUCAACAGCGAGCGUGAGGUCAAGCUUCCGCUUGCCAACGCCAAGGACACCACCUACAAGCUCAACGCCGAGACCAUCGGUGUCUACCGCGUGGCCUACUCGCCCGAGCGUCUCGCCAAGCUCGGUGAGGAGGCUGCCAAGACCAACUCGGGCUUCUCGCUUGAGGACCGUGUCGGUUUGGUCUCGGACGCCUUCACUCUCGCUUCCGCUGGCUACGGCAAGACCUCGGGCGGUCUCUCGCUGCUCAAGGCGCUGCGAAACGACCCCACCUACCUGGUCAACUCGGCGUCGUCGCUCAACAUUGGCACGCUCAGCAGUGCCUGGUGGGAGCAGGACGCCAAGGUGCAGACGGCCAUCAAGAAGCUGCGUGCCGACAUCUUUGGUCCUACGGCCAAGAAGCUCGGCUUCGAAUUCGGCGCCAACGAUUCGCCCGACCUCAAGCAGCUUCGUGCCGUCGCCAUCGCCGCCGCUGCCAACGGUGAGGACGAAUGGACGCUCUCCGAGAUCAAGAAGCGUUUCGACGCGUACAUUGCUACGGGCGACGAGAGCCAGAUCCACCCGGAUCUGCUGCGCACCGUCUUCACGCGUGCCGUCAAGUACGGUGGCGAGAAGGAGUACGAAGCCGUCCUCGCGAUCUACAGGAAGCCGCAGACGCCGACGCACAAGAUCGCCUCGAUGCUCGCCCUGGGCGAGGCGUCGGACGAGAAGCUGCUCGAGCGCACCGUCGACUUCCUCUACGGCGGCGAGGUCAAGGAGCAGGACUUUAUGUACUUCUUCGCCGCUCUCUCCGGCAACCCCAAGGGCAGGAGGAUCAUCUGGGAGGCCACCAAGACCAGGUGGGACGUGCUCUCCAAGCGCUUCGCCGGCAACUUUUCGCUCAGCCGCUUGAUCGAGUACUCGUUCAGCGCGUUUAGCAGUGAGAAGGACGCCCAGGACGUGGAGAACUUCUUCAAGGACAAGGACACGGCCAAGUUCAGCAUGGGCCUCAGCCAAGGGCUGGAUGCGGUUAGGGCGAAGGCCAGGUGGGUCGAGCGCGACGCAAAGGACGUCGAGGAGUGGUUGCGCGCCAACGGUUACCUUGCUUAG